CUUGAUUCGGACGGCAUACUCCCACCAAGGUCAUGGUGCCGAGCGAAGUCAACGCGCUGAGAGCUCACGAAGAGCAGGCAUGGACAGGCGUGGAACUGCUUGUGUGUGCCGUGCUCCAGCUCAUCCUCGUGUUCCUCGCCUACCGCCUCGACAGGUCCACUGCGCAGCAGUGGUUCAUCCCCGAGUCGGCCUGCGCCAUUUUCUUUGGCCUUUGCUUUGGCGUUGUGCUCAAGUUCUUCACCCCAGUACAAGAUGAUGCCAUGGGGUUGAAUCCCCAAGUGCUGUUCUUUGGCUUAUUGCCUCCCAUCAUCCUCGAAGCCGGCUUCAACAUGAAGAAACGGGGCUUCUUCUCCAACUUUUCCACGAUCCUGCUCCUCGCCAUCGUCGGGACGCUAGUGGCGACAUUUGUCACGGGCGGCGCGCUCAUCUGGCUUGGCCACCUCGGAUGGAUCACCCCUCUGACUCCCGCGGAAGCGUACUUGUACGGCUCACUCAUCUCCGCCGUGGAUCCCGUCGCGACGUUGUCGGUGUUCAAAAAGUCGGACGCGCCGCCCAUGCUGUUCAACCUCGUGUUUGGCGAAAGCGUGCUCAACGAUGGCGUGGCCAUUGUAGUGUUUACGCUAUUUCAAGAAUCGAUCCGGCAAGGCGUCCACGAGAUCAACUCGCACGCCGCGUCCAACGUCAUUCUCCAAGUGAUUGUGAUCCUCUUUGGCUCCAUCUUACUCGCCGCCGUCGUCUGCCUCCUCUCGGCGUUCCUGCUCAAACAUGCAGACCCAGCAUUACAGCUCUACCCGACGUACGAAAUCUCCAUUAUCCUGCUGUCGGCGUACAUCAGUUAUGUGGUGGGCGACUUGGCUGGCCUCAGCGGCAUCGUAGCGCUCUUUUUCAGUGGAGUGCUCAUGAGUCACUACCACUUGACCACAAUUAGCCACGAAAGCGCCGCCGCCCUCAAGCACCUACUAAGCACCCUCGCAUUUCUGGCCGAGAACUUCAUCUUUCUGUACCUGGGGGUGUCUGUCGUGGCUUACUCGGGCGCGUUCACGUGGGAUUGGGCGUUCAUUGGAUGGCAACUCCUCGUGUUGCUGGUAGCGCGAGCCGCCAAUACAUUUCCACUGUGCAUCCUGGCAAAUUUGGGCCGCAAGGAGCAGAUUCCAGUGUCUUUUAUGGUCGUGAUUUGGUUCUCGGGGUUGCGUGGGGCGAUUGCGUUUGCGUUGGCGCUCAAUGUGUGGACCAUCCACACAGAUCACGCCGGCGUAAUCAAGAGCAGCACGCUGUUUACGGUCAUGAGUACGACGUUGGUGUUUGGGAUGCUCACGGGACCGCUCUUGACGAGUUUGGGGCUGGCCAAGGCGACGACCAUGUCGCUGCGCCCCGAAGCGGUCAAGCUGUUGGAUGAAAUGGAAGACGAUGAUGCUGAUGAAGACCCGCGGCGGACGGCGGCGGGCGGCCAUCAAGGGUCGACUCAUGGUGGGGGCAUGCAAGGGCUGUGGACGACUGUGGACGAAAAGUACCUCAUGCCUAUCUUUGGCCAGCGAGGAGACGAUGGACAAGGCGCUGCGAGGGGGUAGUCGCCGCUAACUUAGUGCAAAUUUGAUGAUAUAUCGCGUCGUAGUGUGUAUUAUAGUACU